AUGCGCUUCACUGCUGCAACUUCUCAGCUCCUACGUGGUUUCGCACCUACAGCAAGCAGGAUGGCGCUACACCAAGCGAAAUCAGACAAGCUGAUCUUCGCGCCCGCCGGCGGGGCCCAAAACGCCCGCGCAGACCAGUUCCUCCAGCACGAGGGCCUGCGCCGGCGCGACCUGGACCCAGCAAGCCCCAUCACGCAGUUCCACGCCUGGUUCUCAGCCGCGCAGGCACACUCGCACUCGCACUCCGCCAGCCCCCCAACAACAACAACAACAGACACCCAACACCAGCAGCAGCCCGCCCUAGUCCCGCACCCAGAGACGUGCACCCUCUCGACGGCCCAGCUCCCCUCGGGCCGCGUCUCCGCCCGCAUGGUCUACCUCAAGGAGCUGGACGCGCGCGGCUUCGUGGUCUACUCCAACUUCGGCACGUCGCGCAAGGCGCGCGACCUCGAGUCCAACCCCUGGGCCAGCCUCGUCUUCUGGUGGGAGGCCCUCGAGCGCCAGGUGCGCGUCGAGGGCAGGGCGGAGCGCCUCACCCGCGAGGAGAGCCAGGCGUACUACGCCACGCGCGUGAGGGGCAGCCGCCUGGGCGCGUGGGCGAGCCGGCAGAGCGCCGUGCUGGUGCCCGGGGAGGGGGAGGAUGGCGACGACGACGGGCGCGCGCAGCUCCAGCGGUGGGUCGACGAGGCGGAGGAGAGGUUCAGGGGCGACGAGGACAUCCCUGUGCCUGAGUUCUGGGGCGGGCUUAGGAUCGUGCCUGAGAGGGUUGAGUUCUGGCAGGGGAGGGAGAACAGGCUGCAUGAUCGGUUUGUGUAUGAGAGGGUCGAGGGCGAGGAGGACAAGUGGACGCUGGAGCGGCUGAGCCCGUGA